AUGGAAGGUCUUAGAAAUAGAUCAAACACUGACCCAAGACGUUCUUCAAAGCGUUUUUCAAAGUUGGAUUUUUCAAAUUAUAAUUAUAAUAAUGGUGAUUGGGAAUUAACUGAUUCGCAAACUUCUCCCCAAGCUAGAGAUAUCUCAAGGAUGAAUAGCCCCAGUAUUGCCAGUAACCAUGGUAGUUUUAGCUCGAGCCCUUAUGUUAACUCUAAUAACUAUGUCCCAAGUCAAAACUAUUACAACAACAACAACAACAAUAGCAGCGGCACUAACAUUAAUAACAAUUCUAGGAGAAAUAGCAACAUAGGUUUUAAGAGGAAUGGUUCAGGUAAUAAGAGAAACAGCAGUUCUUUCAGAAACAGUCUGAGUUUUAACCAUAUUAGAGUUGGAAGUCUUAACAACAUUAACCAUUUGUUUACUAAUAAUUACAAUAAUACCAAUUCUAGUACCAAUAACAAUAACAACAAUAACAACAACAGCAACAACAACAACAAUAAUAAUAAUAAUAAUAAUAAUAAUAAUAAUAAUAAUAAUAAUAAUAAUAACAACAACAACAAUAACAAUAAUAACAAUAAUUACAGAAGUUCAUUAAACAGGUCCAAUUCAUCAAAAAGAAAUAGUUUGUUUAAAAAAAAUAAAACCACUUUAAUUCUUGAUAAAUUCAGUAAAUUUACCAAUACAAAUCAAACCCAUCACAACAAUAAUUCUAACACAAAUGCUAACGCUAAUUCUAACACAAAUAGUGCAAAUGCAAAAUCAACAAGUUCUCACUGUUCUUAUUGCGGAGAUUUUAAUCAAAAUUUCCUAUUAUAUUGCAACAUUUGUCAAAAGUUUUUUUGCAAUUCUGGUAGAAAAUUCGCUGCUCAUUUCUCUAUUCAUAUGAAUUUAAACAAUCAUACCUCUUUUUCUUUAAUUAGUUAUAAUAAUCAUAAUACCCAUACCCAUAAUUACAACUCCAAAUUUGGUCAUAAUCACUCAAACUUAAUUAAUUCCUCCUAUUUACCCAUAUCCUGCGAAUCAUGCAACUCUAAUAAUAUCAACAAUUUAAACUUUAUCUUAAUCAAUAAAUCAAGUAAUGAAUUGGUUGAUUUUAAUAAUGAUGAUUACUUAUUUCCAAAUGAAUAUAAGAAAUUUAUUUUUUUUUGUUCCUCUUCGGUUAAUCAAUCUUGUUUUAAUAAUAUCAAUAUCAAGUAUUUCAAUAAUCAAGAUAUUGAAAGCGAUCAAUUUAUCAAUCCUGUUAUCUUAAACGGUUUCUUGAAUCAUUUUAUACUUAGAAAAAAUAAUUCAAAGAUUAAUAGCACAAUUUCAAAUUUAAAAUUAACCGAUAUUUAUCUUUAUGAAAAUUGUAUUAAAGACUCAGAUUAUAAAUUUUCCUUAAUUGAUUUCCUAAAUGAUCAAUAUCAAAACAAAUUUUUGUAUCCAAACUCGAAUGAUAACUCAAAUAUUCAUAAUAAUAACAACAAUAAUAAUAAUGCAUUUCAUAAUACACUUAAUGAUUUAUCAUUUUCUUCAACAUCUACAUCUCAAUUUUCUUCUUAUUAUGAUAACUUUAACGACUUUUUAUUUCAUAAUACUAAUUUAUUAUUUAAUAAUCAAGUUUUCCAACUAAUGACCCCAACAAAUAACAAUAACUACAAACUAUCUAAAAAUUUAGCUUUUGUUCCUUAUAAAUCUAUCAAAUUUAAUUUUUCGGAUUUAACUUGUAUUAUUAGAUUAAAUACUAACUAUAAUAUGCCUUAUUUUAGUACUGAUCAAGUGAUUGCUUUAAAAUUUUUUUCAUCAAAUGAUGAAAAUGAUAAAAAUAAUAAUAAAUCAAAUAAUAAAUCACAAAAUAAAAAUAGAAAUAGAAAUAAAAUUGAAGAUCAAGAUAAUCAAAAUUAUAAAAUUAUGUUUUGUUUUAUUGAAGAAUUACCAAAUAAUGAUUAUAACCCAGAAUUGAAAUUGUCAAUUUUACAAUAUAACUAUACUUCACCUGAUAAUAAUAUUUAUAAUACCUUUUUAAUUGAUCCGUUUGUUGAUUACAACCAAACUCCCGUUUUGAAAUCAAAAAUUCUUGAUGACGAUUCUAUUAAUAAUGACGAUGAUAGUGAAGAUAUAAAAUCGAAUAUUGAUGACAAUGAAGAAAAUGAAGAAAAUAAAAAAAUCUUUUCUCUACCAUCAGUUGUUAGUGAUACUAGAUUAUUUAAUAUUUUGCCCUUUGAUUUGGCUUAUUCAAGAAUAAUAAUCACCUUAUUUAGAAUCUCAACAGGUGAAAUUGAAUUAAAUGAAUUCUUAAUGAAUUUAGUUUUAGGUAGAAAAUUUGAUAAUUUUGAAUUCAAUUCAUUGACAAUGAAUAAUAUUGAUUAUAAUAAAACAUAUUAUCAUGAGAAUUGUAACUUUUUGCAAAAAAAAGUUAUUGAUCAUGUUGAUCAAUAUCGAUUUACGUUAAUUGAUGGUUAUCCCGGUACAGGUAAAUCAUUAACAAUUUCAUCAAUAAUUCAAAACUUAAUCAAGAAUAAUUCCAAACCAGUUUUAAUUUGUUCUGCAUCAAAUUUAUCAAUUGACAAUGCUAUUUUAAAUUUGAUUAAAAUCAAGCCAAAUUUCAGAAUUUGCAAAGUUGUAUCAGAUUUAAAAGAAAGUUUUUAUGAUAUUGAUCACAAGAUUGGUAAAUAUUGUUUUCAUAAUUCGGUAUUAAAUUCUAAUAGAACAGAAUUAGUUAACCUUUAUCUCAGCAAUAAAUUUAAUUUGGAUAAUGACAAUAUUAUUGGUAAUAUUAAUAAUAAUAAUAAAAAAAUGACUAAAUUAUACAAUGAUUUUUUCAAUAAUCAAGAUAUUAUAUUUACUACUUGUUAUUCAUCAUUAGAUCCCAAAUUAGAAGAUAUUAAUUUUUCAUCAAUUAUAAUAAUUAAUGCAAAUCAAACAUCUAAUUUAUUAUCAUUAUUGCCUAUUAGCAGAAAUUGUUCAAAAUUAAUUAUGGUUGGAGAUUCUAAGCAAUUGACUCCAUUUGUUAAUAAUAACAAUAAUCUUUUCGAUUAUAAAGUAUUAAAGGAUACAUUAUUUAGAAGGAUCUUAAUUAAUAAUAACAGUAGUCCUGUAUUAUUAAAUGAGCAAUUUCGAAUGAAUUCAAAAUUAUUAGAAUUUCCAUCGAAAUUUUUUUAUAAGAAUAAUUUAAUUAAUAGCUAUAGUAAAGAGGAUAAUGAUUUUUUUAUUAAGAAAUUCAAUUCAUCUAAUCAUAAGAAAUUAAAGAAUAGACUUCAAAUCCCAGUUAUAUUUUGGGAUCAAAUAUUCAAUAAGAAUUAUAGAGAAAGAGAAUUUUAUUAUAAGAAGAAGUUUAAUAACAUUGAUAAUUUUCUCGUCAAUCAAAUUACUUAUGAAAAUCAUGAAGAGGUCAAUAAGAUCGUUUCAUUAGUUAAACAUUUGGUAUUUAAUUUUAAGAUUAAAGCUAAUAAAAUUGGUAUUGUUACGCUAUACACUGGUCAAAGAAUGUUGCUUGCAAAAUUAUUAUAUGAUGAAUUUUUUAAAAAGGCCAAUAAUAAUAAUAAUAAUAAUGUGAACAAAUCAAUUAAUAAAAUUGAAGUUGGAGAUAACUUAAUUGGAACUGAAUUUAGAGAAUUUUCAACUAAAUCCCGAGUUGUGUUAUUUGAGGAUAAUAAUAUCAACGAAUUCGAGUUAUCGAUUAUUAAUCAAGUUAAGGGAAUUGAGAUUGGUACAGUUGAUUCAUUUCAAGAUUAUUCUAAAGAGUAUAUUAUUUUGUCGACAGUAAAAUCUGAAAAUUUGACUGUUAACAAUAAUUUGGAUCAAUUAAAACUACUUAAUGAUGAAAAUAGAUUGAAUAGUAUUAUUACUAGAUGUGAAAAUGGAUUGUUUAUUAUUGGGAAUUCCAAAGUAUUAAGUUCAAGUUCAAAGAUUUGGAAUAAUUACUUGAGUUAUUUAUAUGAUUCAGAUAGUGUAUUUGAUGGGGAUAAAAUUGAAGAAUUGGAUAAUAAAGCAUUUAAAGAGCAUCUUGUUUAUCUUAAAUAG